AAAGGAAAGAAAAGAAAAGAAAGUAAAAGAAAAAGCUCUGCCGAAGAUGGCGGCCUACGCGUUGCUAACGAAGAAGCGGAUCCUUCUCCCGCCAUAGAAGCACUCGCCAUUAAUAAAGGAGGAAAGAGGAACAGGAACGGAACGUGGCCAUGUGAGAGGGAGAGAGCACCGAACGGGCUGGCAAGAAAGACGGCUCGUCUGGUCAAAACCAGAGAGAAAAGCGGGCGCUUUUCCCAACGUUGGGUAGCGCCGAAACUGGCGCAAUCUCCGACAGUGAAAAGGCCCAGAGGAAGACGAAAGAGCGCCCCACCACGGGACUCUCUGCUCCCGUCCUACAUACCCAUCACUGUUGCCUUCUUCUUUUGUCUUUCUUGGGUGGUGGGUAAGUCAUAAAUUCCAUCGGGCGCGCGUGCAGAGUGAAUCCUCCGUGGAUUCGCACUCUCUGUUUCCAUGGCUGUUUCGGCCUUCAAGUCCACUUCGAGAAGAGGCGGCGCCGCCGCCACCGCCGCGCAGGCUUCCUCUGGCUCCUCCGCCGGCGCGGGGGCGGCUUCUUCUUCUUCUUCUUCCGUUAGAGAAGCCUCGCGGGACGCCCAGCGGCGGCCCCCGCCCAGGAGAUCGAGGAGCGUGAGCGCCUUCUCCAGGGUCUCCUCCUCGCCACCCGAAUUCUUGAACAAGAGGAACAACCCUCUGUUCUGCAGCGGCGAUUCCCCGCCCGAAGACGAGACCUUGCCCGAGAAAUCGGUCAGGGGUGGUGGGAACUCCGGUGGUGUCGGAUCGAAGGUAGGUGGGACUAAGGCGGACGGGAGGAGUCCGGGGUUGUCGAUGAGAGGAGGGGGAGAUCGGUCUCGAGGAACGGAGGCGUCGGGUCGAAUUCGUCGGGGGAUAGGAGGGAUGUCGGCCGGAGCUUGUCAAGUGUCGACACGAGGCGGCGGGUCCGGUCGGUGUCGCGGAAUCCGGUUUCCAGAGGCCAUUUGGUUAGCUCCGAGAGUGAAGUUGAGCCAGAUCAUGAUUCAUCAACAAAGUAUACGAGUAGUCGUUCUGAUGUUUCGGAUCAGAUGAAGAAUUUGAGGACUUGGACUAGCCAACACCGGAGUGUUCGGCCACCCGAUGAUUCUGCCACAAGUUUGUCUUCUUCGCAGUUUUCGCAUUGGGAAGAUGCAGUUUCGGUGGGCUCUCUUUCUGGAGUAGAGGAGAAGACCUUUAAAGCAGUCUCUGUCUCCGAACAAAUUAUGCCAGAACCGGAGGAUGCUUUGGGAGGUGAUGCUACUCCUAGCAGCAUUUAUGAAACAGUUCGAUCUGAAGUGAGACGGGCAAUCUCUGACAUUCAAACUGACCUUGAAACUGCUAUUCAAAGGAGGAAUACCACUGCCAUUGGAAUCUCCAACGUCGCAGAUAUCCCCCUGACCUUGUAAAUCCAGGAGCAGUUGAACUAGUCAUGGACUUCAGGCGAGAAUAUGAAGAAAAGCUUGAGGAGUCCCAAGAAAGAGCCAGAAAACUAAGAGCAGACUUGGCUGUUGAGGAGCACCGUGGGCAAGAACUGAGUAGAAUCCUGAAGGAAAUUCUUCCAGAUGCGAGAGCGUCUUUCGAACAAAAGUCUCGUCCGGGACGAAAAGCUAGCCUUGAGAGAAGAAAGAUGUCUAAACGUUUGACAGAAGAAGCCCUGGCGUACUUUGAUGAGUGUGUGUCACUGUCGACAUUCGAUAGUUCUGACUUCUCAUCGCCAGAAGAUCCACCACUCAAAGUAGUUGGUGAUGCUAACCCCUUAAAUGAAGGUGGAUCAGUUCGCACAUCAAAUUUGAGCAUAUCAGCUAUGCAUAUUCCAAGUGAUCAUGUCAAUGAGAAACAGCACUCAUUCACAGAGAAACGGUUCGAGCUAGGUGGCAAAUCCUCAAGAGCAGCUGCCGGCUGCAGCAAUGAGAAUUCUACCCCAGAGCCGGGUAGUUCUGAGAGUACUAGCCGGGAACUGGAAUGGAAGUACAAGUUCUCUUUCUCAGGUGACACGUUCAAAUACUUCAACCUUCAAAACGACAUCAGCAACUGCAUCAGAGGCUCGAAGAACCAUUCUAAGAAGGACGACAGUAGCACGGAAAGCAGAAGGAGCGGUCACUUCCACGUCGACGAGCAUGACUUCCACGCCUCGAUGCAAAGCCUGUUGGCGGACAGAGUGACCCACAGGAACCGUUUGGAAUCUGGUGGUUUUCUUAUUUGUGGCGGCGGGGUCACGGUGACAUUCUCUCCCUUUAGUUCUUUCAUCUGAGGAGCCGACUAUAGCAGAAGUUCAUCAAAGAGGAGAGAAGCAAGAUCCGCCCGGUGAGGAUUGUAAUUAUUUAAUUCCUGUGAGUGGUUUGCAUUACAAGAAAAGUUAUUUGAGAGGCGAAAAAAGGGGAUGACGAUCUCUGUGGCUCCGUCCAUUUGCUCGUCGCGCACGUCUCGUCACUUCUUCCUUAUGACCGAGAACGUCGAUGGCGCGAGCCUACUUUGAGAGACUGAACCCAGGUUUAUGCUCUCGGUCGAGUAGGUCAGGCAGACCUGUUUCGGACUUGGAUCCAUCGGGGCGCAUCAUUUUCUUCCAAAGACAGUAAAAGGCUUUACCAUGGAGUGCAAUUUUGUGAUGAAGCACUGCUUAGACGAUCAAACUGGGCAGUUUACAAAAUUAAGCACUGAUGAUUAGCUGUGUUGAGAAUGAGCAAUGAACAAAAGAGUUCGACAAUUAGGACC